GGAGCAGCGGGGUGGAGUUGCGUUGCGUUGUUUUGAUUUGAUUUAAUUUCGGCAGUAGGGAGAGGAUGGAAUAAUAACACUGUGGAUGCGGGUACUCGAUGCUGCUACGACGAUCUGGAGAGUAGUAGUAGUAGUAGCACUCGGGGUUCUACGGCUAACAGUCCCUCCCCCCUUCUUUCUGUCACCAUCUCAUCAUUCGUGUCCGUCAUCGUCCCCCACUUUUACUCUCACUCUCUCUCAUUCACUCACUCUCACUCACUCAUUUUCAGCUUUAAUCUUCCGGUUUCUGCGCGGUUUGUGCUGUGUGUUUGACUGCAGCUCACUUACAGCACUUCCCAUUCUGCUUCUCCACCCAUUGCCCUCCCUCUUCCUGCCCCUCUCCGAUCCAUUGCCGCCCUUGUAUCGACGUCCCUGUCGCGUCCUCUUCCCAAUUGGGCCUGGUCGAAUUUGAGUAUUCGCUGUGUGCAAGGUGAAGAAGAUGUGAUGGUCGUUGACGUCGGCGGAUGGUGGUGUAUGUGUGGCGCGGGGAAGCAUUGAAGCCGGUGUUUGCUGCUACUGGUUGUGGUAGGGAGUUGGGUCGUUGCUGCAUUUGUGUGGGUGUAUGGGCGAAGUUUGGAGGUGGGUGCUGGUGAGAGGGUGGUGGGGGACAGGGGUGGCGAUUGCUGUGUGUGUGUGUGCGCGUCGAAAGCCUGAAAUUGUGAACUGAGCUUCGUUCGGUAGCGCACGCUCUAGUAUCCGUCCACAGGUGUAAUCGUCACUCGAACAUUGCCGAGCGAGGAGUUUUCUGUCACUUUGAAUAUUAGCACAUGAGUAGCGGUGCUACGAAGUGAAAGAAGUAGUGCUGGGGGAGUUCAGCCGACGCUCGACGGGAGCGUGCGAGAGAGAAAAUUGAUUGAUUGAUCGGUUAAGCCGGUUGCGAGAGAUACAAGGGUAGGCUUGCGAUGGGGAGAGCUGGGCGCGUGGCCCCGCGCACUUGCUCGACAAUCGAACUCCGCACUCAUACGUCGUCAUUGACAAUAUCGCUUCCGGCGUAUGUCUCCAAGCCGGGGUUGGGUUGCCCGCCAUCGCCGAGCACUCCCGUCCAAGUUGCGCCAGCUCCUGCAAGGCUCGCUCGUCUGGCUUGGCCUCAGGAUGCUGUGCAGGUGGUGCAGCUCCAGUUAGAAGCUCUUCGGUCGCACUCCAUGGAAGCGAUUGAAUCUUCGACCCGUAAACGCGGUCUCGUUACGUCCAACUCCCACGAGACUCUGGACGCUUCUCUGAAUAAAGUCACCUCUGGUCUCGAAGUGGCGCUGAAAACACAACCUGCCUUGCCCGAGGACUGGGAACAGUUUUUGGACCUCAAGCAGACAGGACAGUUCUACUACUUCCACUGGAGUUCUUGUAAGAGAACGAAGCACGACCCUCGAGAGCUCAUUCGUCGAGCUGACGAAUCCGUCCAAGCUCACAUGCGGGAAGCGCACAUUCGAGGAGAAUCGUCCAUUGAGCACACAGAGACUGCUUCUUCGCGUGAAGAUGAAAGUGACGAAAUCGACAUGGACAGUGGAGCUGUCAGCUGUUGUCCACCCGAUGUGUGCGAGAAAACCAGCGGAUUCUGCUCCGAUGCAUCGGAAUGGUGCGCAGACAGGGAGCUUGGCAGUGGUGAUUCAAUGUGGGGGAGAACCAGAGAGGAAGAGCUGUCUACAAGCGAUUGCGGGAAGGAUACCAAGAGCCCAUCGACAGUGAUGGUAGUCUCUGGAUGCCACAGCUGCUCAAUGUUUGUCAUGCUCUGUUCGUCGUCUCCAGCGUGUCCGAGCUGCGGGGUUCGCGUGCAGUCAGAUCAGGGUGGGAUCCGCUAGGGGGAAACGACCUGCGAAGGUCGCACUAGAAGCCUUGCUUAUGGUCAUUGUCAGGAAAAAGACAAUGACAAUGACUCUAAGCAACGUUGGAGCAAGCAGCAUUGGAUGGGGAAUGCUUUGUCAGGAGAGUUGAUUCAUACGUCUCCCGAUCCACGAGCUUGAGUCCUACCCCAGAAGCCCGCCGUAUCGCAGACAAGAUUUUUCCUCGAGCGCUCUGGAGGUCCAAAAUCACGCAUGCUUAGGUUCAUUGUCAGGAAAAAGACAAUGACAAUGCCUCUAAGCAGCCAGCUUGCGACUACUACUCUGAGGACACGAUGUAGUCUCAAAGUGACCGCUACUUUUAACGGAGGACCCUCAAUCAGAAGUCCGAUGCCUUUCUCUGCCAGGAAAAAAACAUGAGGGAACGGUCUGAAGAGAGUCGACGUUGCCAGUCCCCUUGAAGACAGUUGACCUGUUGGAAAUCCUUGACAGGAUAUCCGUGUACAUUAGAGACCUCUCGGGUCGCUUUACGAUUUUGUACUUCGAGUUUCUUUCACUUUGCAGAAGAGGAGUGGACACCUCGUCAGUUUUUCUCACUUGUUGACUGCAGUCAACAAAUAUCAUCUCGAUGGAAGAUA